CGAGCACAAACCAAGAUGGCGGCCACAAUUAAAGACACGGAACAAGAACAGCAAAGAAAAACCUUCCCGAAACCCAUCCUCAUCAACAAACUAGAAGGCUGUAGCGAUGUAGUCAACAUGGCAGUCACUAUCCCACACGAAGAUGCUAUUAUUAGCGUCUCCGAAGACAAUAGUAUCAGGCUAUGGAUUAAGCGAGAAAGCGGCCAGUACUGGCCGAGUAUUUGCCACAUGAUGGCGGAUGCAUGUUCAAGUUUAGACUACCAUGGCACAAGUAGACGACUGUUUGUGGGAUUAGCAAGUGGAACUAUCACUGAAUUUGAAGUGUCUGAAGACUUGAACAGACUUCACCACAAAAGAAAUUACUUGGCACACAUGAAUGUAGUAACAGGAAUAGGCUUCUCUCUUGAACAUGAAUGGUUAUUGAGUAUAAGCAGAGAUAAAUAUUUCCAAUUACAUGACGCAACCAAUGGUAAACGACUUGGGGGAUAUCAGGCUGAUUCCUGGUGCACAGCCAUGCAGUAUCCUUUAAAUAAACUCUAUAAUGUAUUUAAUGGAAUUUUUUCCCAGUCUGGUAUCCUAAGAAUCCACCCCAAACCUUCCUGGCUCUAUAGUACUCUUCCUGGGUAAUCCUCCUAGUUUUAUCUUUUCCGUCUCACUUUUCACGAUGAUAUACCAUUUCCAGGAAGCAUUGGAGGGCUCGCAUGGGAUGCAGAGAAAAAGUUGCUGUUCUCCGGAAGUUUUGACCAGUCAAUCAUCAUCUGGGACAUUGGCGGACAACAGGGGACGGCAUUUGAGCUUCAAGGACACAUGUCUAAAGUACAGGCCCUCUGCUAUGCUCCUCAUGCCAAGAAACUGUUCUCAUGUAGUGAAGAUGGUGUCAUCAUGGUUUGGGACAUGUCUGUCAAGAGAAACGAGACUCCAGAGUGGUCUCAAUGUGAUAUCUGCGAGAGAUGUGGAGGGCCUUUCUUCUGGAACUUUAAAGAAAUGUGGAACAAGAAGACUGUCGGAGUCAGACAGCAUCAUUGCCGUAAAUGUGGUCGUGCGGUUUGUAACAACUGUAGUGAGAAAGAAUCCACGCUACCCAUCAUGGGUUUUGAGUAUCCUGUUCGAUUUUGUAACCAGUGCUACGAGACGAUAACCGACCAAGAUCGAACACCUCUGGCCACGCCACACGAUGGCAAACACCCAAUCAAGUUCAUGCACAUGGAUCUAACAAAAGCAAGAAUGCUAACGUGUGGAGGGGAUAGAAUUGUCAAGUUAUGGGAUGCCAAAGCGAUUCUAUUAUCAUAGGAAACAGUAAGAUAAAUUACGUAACAGAAACCAUGGAAAUAAAAUGACGUCAAAAAACUAAAUACGAAUGAAAAAAUAGAACAAUUACGUAAUAGAUACCAUGGAAGCAAAAUGACGUCAAAAGCUAAGCACGAAUGACAUGGUGACUCAAAAA